UUAUCUUCUUCCCAAGCUCCAUUUUUUCGCCUGGGUACUUGCUUUCUUUUCCUUGGCAAACAAAAAAAAAAAAAAUGGCGUCCGCCUUCUCCUUCCAAGUGGCUCAGACCUCUCGCCCCCUACUUCCGGGUGGCCAGGGUAAAAGUGCCUUCAAUUUGAACAGCAGCAGCAGCAGCCCGCGAGCAGUUUCUGCCAUCCCAAGUGCCCGGUUGGGUUAUACUGUGAAUGUAACUUCUAGCUUUGCUGGGAAAUCAUUUGCAUCGGCUUUCCCCAUCCUGCGCCUUACUUCAGCUCCAUCCAUCAAGCACAGAAGGAUGGCUUGUGUCAAUGCUGCAGCCAAUGAUGUUGAUCUGCAAGCAAAAGUGACACACAAAUGCUUCUUUGAUGUUGAAGUCGGGGGUGAGCGACUGGGUAGGAUUGUGAUGGGUCUUUUUGGAGAUGAUGUUCCGAAAACUGCUGAAAACUUCCGGGUCUUGUGUACAGAUCAACUUUAUGCAUAUGCAGGAGAGAAAGGAUUUGGCUACAAGGGGUGCUCAUUUCACCGGAUUAUUAAGGACUUCAUGAUUCAAGGAGGUGACUUCACAGCUGGAAAUGUUGUUGGAGCAGCUUGUGUGCAAUCUAAUGUUAUUUUUCCCGCCGUUUCUCCAGUGAAACAUGUUGGACCUGGAGUAUUGAGCAUGGCUAAUGCAGGUCCUAACACCAAUGGAAGCCAAUUUUUCAUUUGCACUGUGAAGACUCCUUGGUUGGACAACCGCCAUGUGGUGUUUGGAAAUGUCAUCGAUGGAAUGGACAUAGUAAGGAAACUUGAAGCUGUCGAGACCAGCCGGGCGGAUAGCCCUAGGAUGCCCUGCAGAAUCGUUGAUUGUGGGGAGCUGCCAUUGGAAUGAUGAUUUUAUUAAGCUUAUGGAUGUUUCUAAGCCCCUGAGUUCAGUUUCAUGCCUCAGUUUUCUUCUGCAAGAUCUCAUUUUUGUAAUGCUUUCAAUCGGCGCCUAGUGGUUCAAAGUAGUUCGAGUUGAACUCUAUCUGUACUUUGUUUUUGGCUGGUUCAAUAUUGUAACUCUUGUAUUCCAUUAAAAGAUUCGGAGAGUUACAUAAUAAUUAUAAAGGUGACUUUGGCAUCCAUUUUUUAUUCUAUUAGUCACUAUCUUAAAAUAACAGCAGCAGGAUUUGCAUCUGUGUUUGGUUUGAAGAAUGGCAGCAGGGAAUUCUAAGCCAGGACCAGGGUCUCGACCGAAGUGGACUGGAUGACUUGCUCUUGCUGUUGUGUUUCAUCUGCCCAGAUUUCAGACGGCUUGCAGAGGAUUCGUGUAGUGGAGCUGGGAGGUUUAGCUUCAGCAGUAGCAGCGAGAAGAGGAGAAGGGUUAAGGGUUUCAAAGCAAAUGACGCCAUCAAAGCAGUCUUCCAGUCCCAACCUCUUGAGAGCCUCAGCAGUGUGUGCCUCAUCAGAAUUAGUGAAGAUCUGGAAAGACACAUACACAUGAAAGAGGUCAGUUUUGUUUAUUCAAUGUUAUUAGGACUGCGGCUGAC